AUGGCGUCCCAACAAACAGGCGAAGCGUAUGAGCAGCAAAAUGUCCAUGAGGUGUACCAAGAGAUCGCUCAGCAUUUCUCUGCCACCCGCUACAAGCCAUGGCCUAUAGUCGAGCGAUUCCUCACACGCCUAGAACCAGGUGCAGUGGGUUUAGAUGUAGGGUGUGGUAAUGGCAAAAACUUGAUGGUCAAUCGAGACGUUUUCAUCAUUGCCUCAGAUAGAUCUGAGAACCUGGCUCGGAUUGCCCUGCAACAUCAGCCGCAUUCGACCGUGGUGGCCGAUAUCCUUGACCUUCCACACCGGGAUGCUAGCUUUGACUUUGCGAUUUCAAUCGCGGUGGUGCACCAUCUUUCCACUCCGGCUCGGCGAGUCCAGGCUGUCGCCGAGAUCAUGCGAACUGUGAAGCAUGGUUCAGAGACGCAGGAGGGCGGGAAAGUCCUGAUCUACGCCUGGGCCCUCGAGCAAAAGAAUAGCCGUAGAGGUUGGGACAAGGGCGACGAGCAAGAUCGAAUGGUUCCCUGGGUUCGUAAAGGUGAUCAACCCCAGACUUUCCAUCGCUACUACCACCUGUACGCGGAAGGCGAGCUGGAGCGCGACAUCGGCAAUGCUGGCGGUCGUGUGCUAGAAUCCGGGUACGAGAAAGAUAACUGGUGGGCGAUCGCAACCCCCAAAACGGCUCAUGACGUAUGA